AUGCUGCGAACGGGUGCGCUGUGCAUGCGUAUAGCGCUCCGGCGAUCGUGGUUACGGUCCGCAUCCGUCUUGAGAGUGCCGACAAAACCAGCUGUCUCCCUAACUCCGAUUUACUCAGCUGGAAUGAGUACUAUCAACAUCCCGGAUGUCUUUCCCAUUGUACCAGUUAUAGCCAUAAAUCGCUAUCCAUUAUUUCCUGGCUUCAUAAAAAAAGUAGAUAUUGUGAAGGAUGAUCCCCUCAAACAAAUAAUCCGAAACAGAGUUGCGCUCAAACAACCUUACGUCGGGGUUUUUGUUAAGCAAGAUGACGAAAAUCGUGUCUUCAUUGUCACAAUCAUAGAAAUGCGUGAUCAUGGCAAGGUUCUGGAAUUGGUUUUGAGUGCUCAUAGAAGAAUUCGCAUACUGGAACCUGUCGAAGAAGGAACCCCUGAAGAAACUCACAAAACACUGAAUGGUCGAAGAGUAGGAUAUAGAAAGAAGGUUGUAGCUUGCAGAACAUUUCAUCUUUCUCUUCAUAGGAAUGACUCGUUUGUUCAGUCAACAGCAUCGCCACCUCCUCCUAAGCCGUUGCCUAGCCCGGGUGAUCGGACUUCGAUUUUGUUAGCUCGAACCGAAAACGUCAUCGCAGAGCCAGCAGAAAGGAACAAUGAGACCAAAGCGAAGAUGCAGGCUGUGGUUCAAACAAUUCGCGACGUCGUGCAAUACAGUGCUCUCUUUGGGCAGCAGAUCAACCUCCUAUUACACCCUUCCCAGAACGUCAUUGAAAACCCAGUGUACUUAUGUGAUCUGGUUGCUACCCUUGUGCAAUCAGCUGAUACAAAAGAACUUCAAGAAAUGAUGGAGGAAAUCAAAGUGUCGAGGCGGCUAGAUCUCGCUUUGGUUCUCAUACAGAAAGAAAAAACGGUUGCGAAGUUAAAGUUUGACAUUAAUAAGGAUGUUGAAAAGAAAGUGCAAGAUCAGCAUAGGAAGUAUUUACUCAAUGAGCAGCUCAAAGUGAUUAAAAAGGAAUUAGGAUUGGAAAAGGACGAUAAGUCGACUAUUAUUGAAAAAAUGGAGGAACGACUCAAAGAUCUCACAGUUCCCGAGUACGCAAUGAAGCGGCACUUUUCUUCGGAAAACGAGUUUGAAUAUGAAUUCAGGAACUAUCUUGACUGGUUGACAAACAUCCCUUGGGGAAUCACUUCGGAAGAAAAUAGCGACCUACAGAAAGCAAGGGCUGCACUGGACAGCGGUCAUUACGGAAUGAAGGAUGUGAAGGAGCGGAUACUCGAAUUCAUUGCCGUCAACAUAUUGAAGAAACACGUUGGAGGUAAAAUUCUUUGUCUGCAUGGGCCACCGGGAACAGGAAAAACGAGUAUUGCAAGGUCCAUUGCUGAGGCGCUUAAUCGGCAGUACUUCCGUUUCUCAGUCGGUGGUAUGACAGACGUUGCUGAAAUAAAAGGGCACAGAAGAACGUAUGUAGGAGCAAUGCCUGGCAAAAUGAUUCAGUGUUUGAAAAAAGUUCGAACCGAGAAUCCGUUAGUGUUAAUUGAUGAAGUGGACAAGAUUGGUAGUGCCGGAUACCACGGGGAUCCGGCAAGCGCCCUUCUUGAGCUACUGGAUCCCGAACAGAAUGCCAACUUCAACGAUCACUUCCUCGAUGUUCCUGUGGAUUUAUCUCGUGUGCUGUUUAUAUGCACAGCAAAUGUGAUUGACCACAUUCCCGGUCCACUGAAAGAUCGAAUGGAAUUGAUAGAUGUUAGUGGUUACCUGGCCGAGGAAAAACUUGUGAUUGCUCAGCGAUAUUUGAUACCACAAGCUCGGAAAGAGACGUCCUUAACCGAGGAGCAAUUCGUGAUCGAACAGAGUGCGGUGGAAGAUAUAAUAAAGCAUUACUGUCGCGAAUCGGGAGUCCGUAAUCUACAGAAACACAUUGAUAGGGUAUUCCGUAAGGCAGCUCUGCAAAUUGCCGAUCGUCUUAGUGCAAGCCAAGGGGCUACCGAUGAUAAUGAGACUCCCGCAGCUUCUGAUUCCUCUCAACCUACGAUCGUCGUGAAUAGUGAAAAUUUGGAAAAAUAUGUUGGAAGGCCGAAAUUCACAUCCGAUCGAAUGUACGAUCAAACACCACCCGGAGUAAUCAUGGGUCUAGCUUGGACUGCCAUGGGAGGCUCUGCUUUGUAUAUAGAAGCAGUUUUAAAACGUCCUGUUGACUAUGCGAGUGAUAAAGAGGGCAGCUUGGAAGUUACUGGAAACCUUGGAGAUGUCAUGAAGGAAAGUGUAAAGGCAGCAAUGACGGUUGCGAAGGGGAUUCUUGCGAGGGAUGAGCCGGACAAUAAAUUUUUUGAUAAAGCUCAUAUUCACAUUCACGUGCCGGAGGGAGCCACACCCAAAGACGGACCUUCUGCCGGAGUCACUGUGGUCUCUUCACUUCUCUCUCUUGCAUUAAAUAAACCGGUUGUACAGGAAAUGGCCAUGACUGGAGAGAUUUCGCUGACAGGGAAAGUUCUACCUGUUGGUGGUAUAAAGGAGAAAGUGAUUGCGGCUAGAAGAGUUGGUGCUAAGAGAGUGUUCCUUCCGGCGGAGAAUCGACGGGAUUACGAUGAUUUGCCCGACUUUAUGCGACAAGAUCUUGAUGUGCGAUUUGUCAGCGAUUACGUCGAACUCUUCCAAGACCUGUUUAACUGA